CAAGAACACAUUGCAAUUUCCAUCGAAAUCACACCUCAUCGCUAAAUCCACGAUGUCUAUCCUCUCACGUCCCACAGUGCCGGUGACCGACAAAUUCGGCCACCGCCACGAACACCUCCCGAAGAAAUACUCCCUAGACGACCUCGUCCGCGAUGUCAAGGCCUAUCUCGGCGAUUCAAACGGCAUUUCCUCCUCAGAUGUCGACAAGAACUACCUGAUAUCGCUGGUGAAGAAGUAUGAGGCGAGCGACGGCGGCUGGACACAAUUCUACCACAACGAUCCGCAAAAAAACUACACGCGUAAUGCGAUCGAGAACAUCAACCGCAAAGCCAAUAUUCUCCUGCUUGUAUGGAACCCGCAAAAGGGCUCGCCCAUCCACGACCACGCCAACGCCCACUGCAUCAUGAAAGUGCUGGCAGGAAAUUUGACAGAGACUGUUUAUGCUGCCCCAGAGGAGUCCGGUUCCACACCUCUGCAAAUCAAGUCCGAGACAACGCACUCCCCGAAUGAUGUGACCUACAUCGCCGACGAUAUCGGACUUCACCGCGUGUAUAACCCGCACCCUACCAAGGUGGCUGUUUCGCUACAUUUGUAUACUCCGCCCAAUGCAGCUGACUAUGGGUAUCACAUCUUCGAUGAGGCUACUGGGAAGUCCAGCUAUGUGCCCCAGGCGCGGUCGAUCUUACGUCCGAACGAGGCCUCGGAAUGAUUGCUUUUCAAUAUUUCUCGAAUCAAUGUUUAAUGACUGCAUGACCCAUUCUUCUCGAUUUGGCGGUAUUCUCGGUGUUUGUUUUCUAGCAAGAAUCCGCUGGCGGAGUUACAUAGCUAUGCAAUAAUAUUUACUUCUUCAAUAUGGUUAGCACUCUAUUACCUGC